ACAGAGCCGGUGUGCAUGCCGAUGAAGGAGAGAGGGAGGUGAAACAGGAGAGUUGUAGAAGACACACACACACACACACAGAGGUUCUGGGUGUCUCGCGCUCAGUGUGUGAACAUGGCUGAUGUCUCUGACAGGACUCUACAGAUCGCCAUUAUGAUCUCCUUUGCCGCAGGGUUCAUGGCGGGUUGGCAGGCGAACAGAGCGCGCCGGAAGUUCCUGGACUGGAGGAAGAAGCGGCUGCAGGACAAACUGACGGAGACUCAGAAGAAGUUGGACCUGGCCUGAACAGAACCGAACCCAGGACAGGGACAAGCACGAGGGCAGGUCUCCUGAAGCCCGUGACGCGGUGACCUCUGACCUUGGAGCCGGGCUCUGCAGACCCGAUCUCCUGGUCCUGAGACAUUCUGAUGAGGAACACCUAAACAUCCUCAUGAGAGACGCUGCAGAGUUUUUACACACACUGUACUCUGACUUCUAUUUGGAUUGAAGUGCUUUAUUGUGAACAGUUUUGUAAUAAGAGCUCUUUGUGUAAAUGGAAUAAAAUAAAAUAUUUUACUGAUUA